AUGGAUGGAAAUCAUAGUGCCUUGACAAAGUACACUAUUGUUCAUCCUAUAAAUGUGAUCAGAAUUAAAGCACUUCAUUUUUUCAUCUUACAGGAUGACUCAAACGCUGCCAAGGCUACCUCUGGGGAGGAUAGGAAAAUAGAUGAACACGUGGAAAGUGAGGAAAGCGCCUCUAAAAACGAUUCCGAUGAUGCUGAUAGCGACUCAGACCAAUCCUACGACCUUGACGACGGCGUUAACAUUGUACACAUAUCUCGGUGUAAAAAAGCCAGAAUUUCACGCGACUCUGUUGCUAGAACAGCUCUUGGAGAGAAGAGUAAGAAAAAGAAAAUUGAAAAGCCACAAAAAACAAAGAUUACUAAGCAGGAGGAAAAAUCGUAUGAAUCAGAAGAAGACGAUAAUUUUGAUCUGGAGGCUGCUCUAGCUGAGCCUGACGAGGAAUUUCCAGAUGCAGUGGAUCGCGAGGAUGAAGUCACUGAUUUUCGACUGGAUGAAUCCGAGGCCGAGGAGGAUAUGGAAGUCGAUAACGAAACACACUCGCCAUUUCUAGAUCUCCAGGAGUUGGCGACUAGCCAGUUCUUGAUUUUAUCUUCUUUGGAGGUGAGGAUCGACUCGAAAAAUGUAGUGCAUGGAGUUUUACUUGAUCUUAAUCGGGCAGUUGCACCUACCGUAGGCCCCUUAAUUGCACAAGUAGUCAUAUUUUGCCGAGGUGGGGCUCAGCACUUUGGAAUCCCUAAGGCUUUGGGAGCUCUUCUCAAGGUUUAUGCAUUUUAUUUGUCCUACGGCAUGCCUGCAGCUAGGACUGGGGCUUGCACAUCUUCUGCAUCAGAGUUUUGGCUCAUUCAUCUCGAAGAAAAGUUGGGUUUCGAGGAAUCUCUGGUUGCAUAA